AUGUCAUUAAUGGAGGUAUCUCCCGAAAGAGGUGAAAAGGGUAUACAGAACGGUAUGGAUAAUGCUCUAUUUUCUCAACCUCAGGCGGAAGGGUCUAAAGAGGUGCAACAGAUGGCAGGUACAGUAAUGUGCUCGUUAAAUAAACAAUCUCAUUCACCUACCUCAUCUUCUUUCUUUGUGGAUCAUCUGUAUGAGCUAAGAGGCAGACAAAAUUACACCGUGGAUGACGAAAGUGGACUCAGGAGGGAUAAAGAACCACCAGACAGGGGCUUUUACUCUGAUCAAGAAAGCUCAAAAAAUUGGGCUGAUUCAAGUGAAGAUGCCACUGUAAAUGAAGAUCAAGGAAUUAUCUUGCUAAACCAAACAACAGUGAACUACUCCGACUGCAGUACUGGGCAUAGUCCCAGAGAGAAAAAUAUGUGGCUUUUAUGGAAUGAUAACUUGGAAGUUAAGAGCAUGCUGCACUUUGAACAAGCUAUGACCGUGUCAGUCUCCUACCAGGGAGCUGAUCCAGUGUUAGUUACGGUGGUGUAUGGUUGUUGUGACUUACUUGUUAAGGAGGCCCUUGUGGGGACACUUACAGGUUAUUUCUACAUCCUUUGCUAUGCCCUGGUUGGUGAUGGGGGAUUUUAA